AAUGAGGGGGCGGCUUGCCGCACGGUUGCGCUCCGGCAGCUAUCGAAGGUCUUCAUUGAGAAAAAAUCCAGUGUUUAUCCGAGGAGGAGCUGCAGGGGAUGUAGGGGAGCGUCGAGUGGAUUUUCAACACUGCCAAGAAACUUCACUGACCACUGUGAAGACACCUCAACAUGGACGGUUUUUACGACCAGCAGGUCCCCUUUGCGGUUCCCGAGAGUAAAUGUCACGCAGACGACGCGGAGAGAUGCCUCAGCGACAGGAAGAGGAAGUACAUGGAGACGGAGCUGGCUCAGGACACGGAAGAACUUUUCCAAGAUCUGAGCCAACUCCAAGAAAUCUGGAUUGCAGAAGCUCAGGUCCCUGACGACGAGCAGUUUGUUCCAGACUUUCAGUCCAAUAACUUGAUGUUUCAUGGACUGCCCGUCAGCAAAGUGAAGCGCGAGCCGAGUCCAUCCAAAGAUCUGUCUCCCUGCAGGACGCCUCAGGCUGACAUGUGCCUUUAUAGCUACAGUGCCUGUGACAGCAACAAGCCAGCUCUGACUCCAGCCUCCACGCCCGCACUGCACUGUGGCUCCAUCCAUCCCGCGGGGCCCCCACCCAUACAGAGGCAGCUACAGCCAUCGGCCCCGCAGCUGAGCAACAACUGUCCCCCGAGCCACGCCGCUCCUGCACUUAGCCCCUCCCACCACCACCACCACAGCCUCCCACAGUCCAACCAAAACCGACAGUUUGCUUUGCCGCGGCCGCCCAUCAGCUGCUCCACCGCGUCUUUCCACACGGAACAAAGGUUCCAGCGGCAGCUGUCCGACCCCUGCCUGCCCUUCCUCCCUCCAGAGAACACGGCAAACACGCCGUACCACAGCUCGAGCCACGAUGCUCGUCCGCUCUACCAGCGCCACCUGUCGGAGCCCCUGGUCCCCCACGGCCCCCGGGGUUUCAAACGGGAGCUGGUGGACCCGCGGUAUCCAGAGCCGGGGCCUCCGGGUCCAGGUAUGGCCCGGCCCCAGACCAACUUCAGCCACGUCACGAUUAAACAGGAGCCCAGAGACUUUGGCUUCGACUCAGAUGUUCAGACCUGUCAGUCCUCAUCGUUUGGGAAGUCUCCAGUUUUGUUCCAGAAUAACAGCACUGGGUUUGGUCAUGACAGAGAGCCGUGUUUGUACUACGACGACACCUGCGUUGUGCCAGACAGAGUGGAAGGUAAAGUGAAGCAGGAGGGUUUGCCGUACCAGCGCCGCGGCUCCCUGCAGCUCUGGCAGUUCCUGCUGACGCUGCUGGACAACCCAGCUAACGGACACCUGAUCAUAUGGACGGGGCGCAACAUGGAGUUCAAACUGAUCGACCCCGAAGAGGUGGCUCGGCUCUGGGGGAUCCAGAAGAAUCGACCGGCCAUGAACUACGACAAGCUGAGCCGAUCACUGCGCUACUACUACGAAAAGGGCAUCAUGCAGAAGGUGGCCGGGGAACGGUACGUCUACAAGUUUGUGUGCAACCCCGAGGCGCUCUUCUCCAUGGCUUUCCCAGACAACCAGAGGCCGAGCCUGAAGGCCGACCCGGACACCAUCUUGCCCCCCAGCGAGGAGGACGGCCUCCCCCUGCCCAGCUACGAGGAGGAGGGUCCUUACCUGGUCGAAGCUGGAGGACUACCUUACCCCGACACCUAUCCGUACUAGAGACCGCAGCCCGGCUAGCUGUGGUGGAAACAAGUUGUUUUUAAAACUCCUAAAAUUACUAAGCAGUGUUUUGAGGUUGUUAAUAUGUACUCCCCGUGUUAUUUGUCACAAAAAAAGAGAAUUUAUCAGAGAAUUUAAUGCCUCUUUUGACCCCUUUUUUAAUUUAAUUUUUUUUUUUUUUAAUUAUAAAAGACUCAGUCCCAGAAACGAUGUCUCAAACUGUUACCAUCGGCCACUUGAUAUCCAGGACCUAGAUUUCAAGAAUGAAAGUAAUAGUUUAAAAGUAAAAUUUAAAUGCAAGGCAAAAGUUGCGGGUCAGGACAUUUCAGUGCCAUAGUGUUAUGAUAAAAACUGUUCAAAUUCGGAGCGAUGUCUAAUUCUUUAGUUGCCCUAACACUUCAUGCUUCAUCGGAGGAGCGAAAAACUUUCUUCUUGAAAUCUCAACUCUUUGAACACACAGUGGUCUUUGUGAUAAACCUGUAGCACGGCCGUCGCUGUAGUCCUUGUAUAUUUGAACUCUGGGAUCUGUAUUUUGACCAAAAAGUAUCUUGAAGCCAUGGCACACCUUUAGUAACUUACUUAUACUGCUUGAAAGGGACACACUUGUAUCUCCCAGACAUUUUAAUCCUGUAAACAUCUAUAUGGAAAUGCCUUUUGUGUACUUUUUUUUUUCUCCUGUUUUCAAAGCUAAUAUUUUUGGCAUCAUAUGGAAGUUUUCUUAUCGCUCUUUUAUGACAAAGGUACUGCUUCUAUUUUUGAUUCUGUAAUACUGCCACUCUGAUGCUAAUAAGCAUGGACUUUCUUACAAAUGGCUCGCCACGUUAAUGUACCGAGAUAGUUUUCUGCAUUUUUGUAUAGUUGAUUUGCUUCGAUGUGUAGAAGAAAAAAAAAAAAAGAAGUGUAUAAUUAUAUAUGGAUAUAUUUUUGCAAAAGGCUGCGUUUGCUUGCUAAUGUAUUGCAUCAGCUCUCCAAGGUGAAAUGGCGUAUGUUAUAUCCUCAGAGUCCCGCAGGUAGAAAAUGUUAUGAAAUAUUUUGCUACACGACGACUGCGCUGUGUGAGAUACUGGCGUGACUUCUACCCUCAGAUACUGUAUGUGUGCCUUCUGUUGAUCUUUACUGAUACAAUAAACUAUUUUACACUAUC